AUGUCUACGAAAGCAGAGCAAUUUGCCUCUAAGAUAAGAUACUUGCAAGAGUAUCACAACCGCGUGCAACACAAUAUAUACCCCGUGCCCUCCGGAACAGACAUUGCAAACACAUUGAAAUACUUUUCCCAAACCCUGCUCAGCAUUCUGUCCCGCACAGGCAGGAAGGAGAACCAGGAAGCAUCCAAUUUGGCCGUGCCCAUGACCAUGUGUCUUUUUCCUGUGCCAUUCCCACUCACCCCAUCUCUAAGACCACAAGUCAGUUCCAUCAACCCUACAGUUACUCGCUCCCUCCUUUACAGCGUUCUGCGUGAUGCCCCGUCAGACCGCGGGGGGCAGGGGCAGCAGAGUCGGGACGCUCAGCUCUCAGAGUACCCCUCUCUGGACUAUCAGGGGCUCUAUGCGACCCUCGUGACCCUGCUUGACCUGGUGCCCCUGCUGCAGCACGGUCAGCAUGAUCUUGGACAGUCCAUAUUUUACACAACAACUUGCCUCCUGCCCUUUCUCAGUGACGAUAUUCUCAGCACUUUACCCUACACUAUGAUCUCCACUUUAGCUACAUUCCCCCCAUUCCUUCACAAAGACAUCAUUGAGUACCUGAGCACCUCUUUCCUCCCCAUGGCUAUAUUGGGUUCCACUAGAAGAGAAGGGGGCGUCCCAGCAUAUGUCAAUCUCUCUGCCUCCUCCAUGCUAAUGAUUGCUAUGCAGUACACUUCCAACCCAGUAUACCACUGUCAGUUGUUGGAGUGUCUUAUGAAGCACAAGCAGGAAGUGUGGAAGGACCUGCUGUAUGUCAUAUCGUACGGACCAUCCCAAGUCAAGCCUCCAGCCGUGCAGAUGCUCUUUCAUUACUGGCCAAAUCUAAAGCCCCCAGGAGCCAUCAGUGAAUACAGUGGACUGCAAUACACAGCCUGGAACCCCAUCCAUUGCCAACACAUUGAGUGUCACAAUGCCAUCAAUAAACCUGCUGUCAAGAUGUGCAUCGACCCCACCCUCUCCGUUGCACUGGGAGACAAGCCCCCCCCUCUAUACAUCUGUGAGGAGUGCAGCCAACGGAUAGCAGGAGACCAUUCAGAAUGGCUUGUUGAUGUGCUCUUGCCCCAAGCUGAGAUAUCUGCUAUUUGUCAAAAGAAGAACUGUAGCUCUCAUGUCAGGAGGGCAGUUGUCACCUGCUUCUCAGCUGGUUGCUGCGGGCGCCAUGGCAACCGACCCGUCCGCUACUGCAAGCGUUGCCAUGUCAACCACCACAGCAGCGAGGUGGGGACUGCGGCGGAGACCCAUCUGUACCAGACCUCCCCACCUCCCAUCAACACCCGCGAGUGUGGGGCAGAGGAGCUGGUGUGUACUGUGGAGGCUGUUAUCAGUCUACUGAAGGAGGCAGAGAUCCACGCGGAGCUGCGUGAGUUUGAGCUGAACAGGCGUCGUCAGAUGGGCCUGUCUGCCUCCCACCACUCCCUGGACAACAUCGACUUUGACAACAAGGAGGACGACCAGCACGACCAGAGGCUCCUCAGUCAGUUUGGCAUCUGGUUCCUGGUGAGCCUGUGCACCCCCAGUGAGAACACGCCCACUGAGAGCCUGGCGCGGCUGGUGAGCAUGGUGUUCCAGUGGUUCCACUCCACAGCCUACAUGAUGGACGACGAGGUGGGCUCCCUGGUGGAGAAGCUCAAGCCCCAGUUUGUCACCAAGUGGUUGAAGACCGUGUGUGACGUGCGCUUCGACGUCAUGGUGAUGUGCCUGCUGCCCAAGCCGGUGGAGUUUGCCAGGGUGGGGGGUUACUGGGAUAAGUCUUGCAGCACGGUGACCCAGCUGAAGGAGGGGCUGAACCGCAUCCUGUGCCUGAUCCCCUACAAUGUGAUCAGCCAGCCGCUGUGGGAGUGCUUCAUGCCAGAGUGGCUGGAGGCCAUCCGCACUGAGGUGCCUGACCAGCAGCUCAAGGAGUUCAGAGAAGUGCUCAGCAAGAUGUUUGACAUUGAGCUGUGCCCUCUGCCCUUCUCCAUGGAGGAGAUGUUUGGGUUCAUUAGCUGCAGGUUCUCAGGCUACCCAGCCUCUGUGCAGGAGCAGGCUCUGCUCUGGCUGCAUGUGUUGUCAGAGCUGGACAUUGUGGUGCCUCUGCAGCUGUUGAUCGGGAUGUUCUUUGACGGGGUGAACUCAGUGAAGGAAUUGGCCAAUCAGAGAAAGACUCGAGUCUCAGAUCUAACUGGUGAAAAUACUGAGGCUCGGAGGGAAAGCGUGGUUUCAGAUCCAGGCCAUCUUGGGCCGCACAACACUGUGAGCCCAUUCCCCAGUCCGUUCCGGAGCCCAUUCCGGAGCCCCCUGCACUGCAGCCCCUUUAAGAACCUGGGCCAUGCUACGGGACACUGUGCCCUGGACCUGGACUGUGACGACGAUGACAUGAACCUGGGCUGUUUCAUUCUCAUGUUCGACCUCAUCCUCAAACAGAUGGAGCUCCAGGAUGACGGUGUGAUGCUCGGUCUGGAAAGCAGCCUGGGGAAGGACAUUGUGGGCAUCAUCAACAACGUCUUCCAGGCCCCAUGGGGGGGCUCCCACACCUGUCAGAAGGACGAGAAGGCCCUGGAGUGCAGCCUGUGCCAGUCCAGCAUUUUGUGCUACCAGCUAGGCUGUGAGCUCCUGGAGAGACUCACCCCCAGGGAGGAGAUACGUCUGGUGGAGUCAACAGACAUCUUGGAGGACACAUUGCUGUUGCCUCAAGUGUUUGGGCCUGAACAACGGACAAAGCAAGGGGCAGAGGAAGCGGACAACCCUGCCAGCACACACACUGACAACCCUACAAUUCAAAGUUACUCUCCUGACAACCCACCAAUGAAGAAUAAUGCUGAUAAGAAGUUUUCCUACCAGCAGCUCCCUGUGUCUCUCAAGCUAAUAUACACUAUUCUGCAGGAAAUGUCUAAGUUUGAGGAGCCUGAUAUCCUGUUCAACAUGCUGAACUGUCUGAAGAUCCUGUGUCUCCACGGAGAGUGUCUGUACCUGGCCCGUAAGGACCACCCCCAUUUCCUGGCCCACAUCCAGGAGAAGAUGCUCAUUCCCAGCCUGUGGACCAUGCUGAAGUCCGAGUUCUGCCAGCUGGCCUCCCUGGCCGUGCCCCAGCUUCUGCAUGCCCUCUCCCUCUCCCACGGAGCAGACAUCUUUUGGAACCUGGUGGACAGCAACUUUAACAGCAAGGACUGGAAGAUACGCUUCGAAGCAGUGGAGAAGGUGGCUGUGCUCUGUCGGUUCCUAGACAUUGAUUCUUUGACGAAGAACCACCUGCUGAAGUACUCCCUGGCCCACGCCUUCUGCAGCUUCCUGGCCUCUGUGGAGGAUGUCAACCCGGCCGUGGCCACACGCGCCAGGCUGCUGCUGGACACCAUCAAGAGCCCAGCACUACAGGGCUUGUGUCUGUGCCUGGACUUCCAGUUCGACACGGUGGUGAGGGACCGGCCCAUCAUCCUCAGCAAGCUGCUGAUGCUGCACCACCUGAAGCAGGAAGUCCCUGCCCUCAGCUGGGAGUUCUUUGUCAACCGCUUCGAGACGCUCUCCCUGGAGGCCCAGCUCCACCUGGACUGCAACAAGGAGUUCCCUUUUCCCACCACCAUCACAGCUGUGCGCACCAACGUGGCCAACCUUAGUGAUGCAGCGAUGUGGAAAAUCAGACGGGCGCGCUUUGCCAGGAACCGCCAGAAGAGUGUGCGUUCCCUCCGUGACAGCAUCAAGGGCCCGUCCACAACCAAGCGAGCCUUCUCCCUCCCAGAGACUCUGUGUAACCGACUACCUUUAAGGCUUACGAGGCAAGAGCACUCUGCCCCGACUCUGGGAGAUAUGAUAGAGAAAGUCCUGCCAGGCCACAGCCCCUCAAUGGAGGAUGACUCGGUCAUCAGGGACCUGCUCCCAGAGGAUGCUGGGAUAGAUCACCAGACGGUGCACCAGCUCAUCAUGGUACUCAUGAAGUUCAUGGCCAAAGACAAGAGCAGUGCCGAGGCAGACAUCGGCAGUGCCAAGGCCUUCAACUCGGUGAAGCGCCACCUGUAUGUGCUGCUGGGCUAUGACCAGCAGGAGGGUUGCUUCAUGAUCGCACCGCAAAAGAUGAGGACCUCCACCUGCUUCAAUGCUUUCAUUGCUGGCAUCGCACAGGUGAUGGACUACAACAUUGGGCUGGGGAAGCAGCUGCUCCCCCUGGUGGUCCAGGUGUUGAAGUACUGCACCUGCCCCCAGCUCAGACACUACUUCCAGCAGCCGCCGCGUUGCUCUCUCUGGGCCCUGCAGCCACACAUCAGACAGAUGUGGCUCAAAGCCCUGCUGGUCAUCCUCUACAAGUACCCCUACAGGGACAUGGAUGUAAGUAAAGGAGUUCUGCACCUGAUCCACAUCACCAUCAACACCCUGAAUGCCCAGUACCACAGCUGUAGACCCCAUGCCACUGCUGGACCCCUCUAUAGUGACAACUCCAACAUCAGCCGCUACAACGAGAAAGAGAAAGAGGAGGACAGUGUGUUUGAUGAGUCUGACGUUCAUGACACACCAACUGGAGCAGGCAACAAGGAGUCUCAGACCUUCUUCGCCCGUCUGAAAAGGAUCGGUGGCAGCAAGUCUGUCAAGUACCAGCCGGUAGAGCUGAAUGCCCAGAAAAGUGAAAUUGAGCUGUCUGAGUACCGUGAGGCCAGUGCGCUACAGGACAGCAUCCUGCACUGUGUGAGGGAGGAGAGCAUCAGGAAGAAGCGUCUGCAGGCCAUGCACAAGCAGAAGUCCCUGGACAUUUCCAACACCGACUCCAUCCUCUACAACCUGGACGAGCACCGACGCAAGUCCUGCAUAGACCGCUGUGACCUGCAGCAUGGUACCCCCGGGCCCCCCUCCUCCACCACCUCCCACCCGAGGCGGACAGGGGGCCAUGGGAAGGGCUCGUCAGACGGCUCCUCAGGCCGAGCGGAGGGCAGUGACCACCAGGACCGUUCAGGAACCCGGGGGGGCCACUCAGACUGCUCGAGGCCUGUCAUCCCAGAGGUGCGUCUCAGCUGCAUGGAGACGUUUGAGGACAAGGCCGACUUGGACUCCCCUCUUACAGGCGGCUCUUCUGCAGAGAAGGAGGACCAGGACCUCAUUGACCUCUCCUCCGACUGCACUUCAAUCCCAGAGAAGCACUCCAUCCUCUCCAUGUCCGACAGUGACUCCCUGGUGUUUGAGCCCCUACCACCACUGAGGAUCGUGGAGAGUGACGAGGAGUUUGACCUGAACAUGGUGAUGGGCCCCAGGCUGAAUGGGAGUGCCAGGCCCCCUGCUUCCCCUGCCAGCAGCAGCACCGUGUGCCUGUCCACCAUGGUGCAGGUGAGCGUGGAGGACUGUUCUAAGGAGAAGAGGACCACAGACUCCCCAUCAAAAGAAACCCCCCAACAGCCUCUACAGAGGAGACCACACUAUGCAACCCCCACCACCUCCCUGGAGCUGCCUGACCGGUCGGAGCACCCUGGCCUGGAGAGCCCCAUGACUCUCAGCUUACAACAGAAGAGGGACCUGCUGAGGAAGACCCCUGCUGUCCCUGACACCUCCCUGGAUGACUUUGUGCAUCCUGAGGACUUAAAGGCAGGGGUGGGUCUGGGGACCAGUCCCUCUGGCAGGAUGAUCUUCCUGGACAUCCCUGAGGACACAGUUGAACCCCUCACCUCUCUGGAGGGGAACAACAACGACGAAGAGGAAUAUUAUGAAGAAGAUGAUGAGGACCUUGAUGACAGUGACUUUAAACCUGAUGAUGAUGAGAACGACGAGGCAGAGUUUAAGAUCCAGAUAGUUCCCCGGCAACGCAAACAGAGGAAGAUAGCUGUGAGUGCCAUCCAGAGAGAGUACCUGGACAUCUCCUUCAACACCCUGGACAAGCUGGGUGAGCAGCCCACUGACACAGAUCACAAAGUUCUGUCUACCCUGGAAAAGCCACGGGAAUCCGCCUCAGCCCCCACCCUUGAAGCUGCUAUCCCAGAAACAAGCAACCGCUCUUCAGUAUCAACUCAGUACCGUCAGGCAAAGCGAGGCUCGUUGGGAGCUCUAACCAUGAGCCAGCUGAUGAAGAGACAGCUGGAGCACCAGUCCAGUGCCCCUCACAACAUCAGCACCUGGGAGACAGGUUAGUCACUGCUAACUAUCUCUGGUCCACCUCUCCAGAGGGAAAAAUAUCAAAACAGAGGCCCCACCAAGACCAGCCUCCUAUCUGCCCCCAGUACAGUCAGCAUGUUUGUGCCUGCCCCUGAGGAGUUCAUUGAUGACCAGCCCACCACCAUGACUGACAGGUGUCGUGACUGUGGUGCGGUGCUAGAGGAGUAUGAUGAGGAGACCCUGGGCCUGGCAGUGGUGGUGCUCUCCAUGUUCAUCCACCUCAGCCCUGACCAAGCUGCUCCACUGCUUCUGGACAUCAUGCAGUCUGUUGGCAGGCUGGCGUCUAGUGCUAAUUUCUCUGGGCAAGCUGAGAGCAUGCUGAUCCCUGGCAACGCAGCAGGUGUGGCUAAGCAGUUCCUCCGCUGUGUGUUCCAUCAGCUGGCCCCCAAUGGCAUCCUGCCCCAGCUCUUCCAGAGCAACAUCAAAGAUGGAGGUUUUCUGAGAACAUUGGCCUUUUCCCUGAUUGAUUUUAAUGAACUGAGUUCUGUGGCUGCACUGAACCAGCUGCUGGAGGGUCUGAACAACAAGAAGAGUCUACCAGCAGGGGGCACCAUGCUGCACUGCCUGGGGAACAUCGCCACCUUCAUGGAGGCCCUGCCCAUGGACUCCCCCAGCAAUUUGUGGACCACCAUCUGCAAUCAGUUCCAGACCUUCCUCACUAAACUACCCUCUGUGCUGCCUCUGAAGUGUCCCCUGGACUCCAGUUUGAGGAUCAUCAUUUGCCUGUUGAAGAUCCCCACCACAAGUGCAACACGGAGCUUACUGGAGCCCUUCUCCAAACUGCUGAGCUUUGUCAUCCAGUAUGGAGUGUUUAGCCUCUCUUACCUGGUGGAGCUGUGUGGCCUCUGCUACAAAGCCUUCAAUAAGGAGCGAGAUAAGUUCUAUAUGUCUCGUAUUGUGGUGCUGGAGCUUCUACAGGCUCUGAAGUUCAAGUCUCCUCUACCCGAUACUAACCUGCUACUGCUUGUCCAGUUUGUUUGUUCAGAUAUUGGUACGAGGCUAGCAGAGUCUACUGUUCUCUCAAAGCACAUGAUCUCAUCUCUUCCAGGGUGCACGACAGCAGCAAUGGAAUGCAUGAGGCAAUACAUCAGUGAACUUCUAGACUUCAUAGCGGAUAUGCACACACUGACCAAACUAAAAAGCCAUAUGAAGGCGUGUUGUCAGCCACUGCACGAGGACACGUUCGGAGGGAACCUGAAAGUGGGCCUGGCACAGGUAGCUGCCAUGGAGAUCAGCAAAGGCAAUCACCGUGACAACAAGGCAGUGAUCCGUUAUCUGCCCUGGCUCUACCAUCCCCCGUCCGCCAUGCAGCAGGGACCUAAGGAGUUCAUUGAAUGUGUGUCCCACAUCCGCCAGCUAUCCUGGCUGCUCCUGGGCUCCCUGACCCACUAUGCCCUGCACCAGGGCUCCACCUCCUGUAUGCCUAUCCCCCUGGACGCUGGCUCACACAUCGCUGACCACCUCAUCGUCAUCCUCAUCGGCUUCCCUGAACAAUCCAAGACGUCAGUGCUGCACAUGUGCUCCCUGUUCCAUGCCUUCAUGUUUGCCCAGCUGUGGACCAUCUACUGUGAGCAGUCGGCGGCCACUCCGGCCCUGCAGAACCAGAAUCAGACAGAGUUCUCCUCCAACGCCAUCCUGACCGGCCUGGAGUUCUGGAGCCGCGUCACACCCAGCAUCUUGCAGCUCAUGGCCCACAACAAAGUGAUGGUGGAGAUGGUGUGUCUACAUGUCAUUAGCCUGAUGGAGGCUCUACAAGAAUGCAACUCAACUAUCUUUGUGAAGUUAAUACCUAUGUGGUUGCCCAUGAUUCAAUCUAACCUAAAGCACCUGUCUGCAGGGCUACAGCUGCGGCUGCAGGCCAUCCAGAACAGAGUGAACCACCAGUGUGUGCAGGGCCAGGCGGCUGGGGCCCUGCCCUUCACCCUGCGCAAGUGGCUGCAGUGCACACAGUUCAAGAUGGCCCAGGUGGAAAUCCAGUCAUCCGAGGCUGCCUCACAGUUCUACCCCAUGUGA